CCCCCCCCCCCCCCUCGCCACGGCCUCUCGCGGUCUCGAGGAGAGGACUCGCUCCGGCAAACCCAAUGGCCGCCGACGCCGUCCCCAAUGGCCACGCCGCCGCCGACGCGCCCCCUCCCUCCUCGUCGUCGCUGGUGUUCCUGGGCACGGGGUGCUCGAGCGCCGUCCCGAACGCGCGGUGCCUGAUCCAGCCCCCCGACCCGCCCUGUCCCGUCUGCUCCCAGUCCCUCUCCGUCCCGCCCGAGCUAAACCCCAACUACAGGUGCAAUACUUCUCUUUUGAUUGACUAUUGCCGAGAUGAAGGUGCACAUAAGUAUAUUAUAAUUGAUGUUGGGAAGACAUUCAGAGAACAAGUUCUUCGAUGGUUUGUUCGCCACAAAAUCCCUUGUGUUGAUUCUAUUCUUCUGACUCAUGAGCAUGCAGAUGCAAUCUUAGGCCUUGAUGAUAUUCGGGUUGUACAGGCAUUUAGUCCCACAAACGAUAUUGAUCCAACCCCUAUUUAUCUCUCUCAGUUUGCUAUGGACAGCAUCUCCCUAAAGUUCCCUUAUUUGGUCAAAAAGAAACUAAAGGAAGGGGAGGAGGUCAGGCGAGUUGCUCAACUGGACUGGAGAAUAAUCGAGAGUGAUCUUCAGAAACCAUUUACCACUUCAGGGCUAGAGUUUGUCCCCCUUCCGGUAAUAAGUAGCACUGGGUUCAGCUUCAUUUUAUUUUGCUAUGCAUUCUUCUUAAUUUUGUAUUCAUAUCAGGUGAUCCAUGGUGAAGACUACAUUUGUUUGGGUUUCCUUUUCGGCAGAAAGUCAAAAGUUGCAUACAUAUCAGAUGUUUCACGGUUUCCUCCAAGCACAGAAUAUGCAAUUUCAAAGUCUGGUGGGGGCCAACUGGAUUUACUCAUCUUGGAUUGCCUAUACAGGACGGGUUCUCACAACGUGCAUCUUUGUUGGGACCAGACUCUGGAUGCUGUUAAGAGGAUUUGCCCCAAAAGAGCAUUGCUCAUUGGGAUGACUCAUGAGAUGGACCAUGACAAGGACAACCAAACAUUGGAAGAAUGGUCCAGGAGGGAGGGGAUAUAUGCGCAGUUAGCUCGUGAUGGCCUGCGUGUCUACAUUGAUCUGUAACCGUGAAAGGACCAUGACAUGCUCAGUGAACUGUACUAGGUUUCCUGCCGCUGUUAACAUUCCCCUCUUGUGAAGAAAGAAAGCACGAACUGACUUGGCGCACCAAUCUUCGUGUGAAACCAGGAGAUAUUCUAUUUUUACAUUUCAUAGUCUACACGUGAUUCGAAAUAAAAGUAAGUAAUAUAGUAGUUGAAUGGUUCCUGUCAAUUGGAAGCUACACUGCAGCAGAUGCAUAAUGCCAACCGGCAGCAACAGGUAUUGUCUUUGGGAGAGAAGCAUGACUCGAAUGAAUCUGUGAAUACCGCAAGCUUUCUGAAGCUCUGUCAUAGAAUGUGUGGACUUCAAUCGAUGAAUUUCGUGGUGACUGGCUGGGUUGCACAAUCUCUGGAAAAGCCCGCUAUUAAACAGUAGGUCAAUGACUAGAUGCCAAAGUUAGAAAGUCUAGAUGCCAGGAAGGUGCCUUUUUCGUGAUGUUCAUUCAAUAGGGAAGGGAGAUGGUUUUAUCCUUUUUUCAAUAUAAAUAAAUAUGCCUUUUGCAGCUUCGUGAGGUAAA